CCUCUCUUUGUCUCUUUCGUCUCUCAGAGUGCGGCGGCGGCUCCGAGUCCAGUGAUGGGCAACAUGCCCCCCAACGACGGCAUGCCAGGAGGACCCAUGCCCCCGGGCUUCUUCCAAGGUCCCCCAGGAUCUCAGCCGUCCCCUCACACGCAGCCCCCCCCACACAACCCCAGCAAUCCCAUGAUGGGACCCCACGGACAGCCGUUCAUGUCCCCGCGGUACCCAGGCGGCCCCCGGCCCUCCCUCCGUAUGCCAAAUCAGCCUCCUGGGAGCAUCCCCGGGUCACAGCCGCUCCUACCAAACAGCCUGGACCCCACCAGGCCUCAAGGACAUCCAAACAUGGGAGGUCCAAUGAGAAUGAAUCCCCCGCGAGGCAUGGGGGGCAUGGGCCCACAGAACUACGGCGGAGGAAUGAGGCCUCCUCCCAACUCCAUGGGGCCGGGGAUGCCGGGCAUGAACAUGGGUCCGGGGGGAAGAGGUCCGUGGCCCAACCCCAACUCCAACUCAAUAGCUUAUUCAUCUUCAUCUCCGGGCAACUACGUGGGCCCACCGGGCGGAGGCGGCCCGCCAGGGACUCCCAUCAUGCCGAGCCCCGGGGAUUCAACAAACUCAAGUGAAAACAUCUACACAAUGAUGAACCCCAUCGGCCCUGGUGGAAACAGACCUAAUUUCCCGAUGGGGCCGGGUCCCGACGGGCCCAUGGGGGGGAUGGGAUCCAUGGAGCAGCAUCAUAUGAACGGAUCACUAGGCUCCGGUGACAUGGACGGGUUGCCAAAGAAUUCUCCCAACAACAUGGCGGGCAUGAACAAUCCUCCCGGCACUCCGCGGGACGACGGCGAGAUGGCGGGCAACUUUUUAAACCCAUUCCAAAGUGAAAGUCCCCUGGGGAUGCACCUGGAAAGCAGGACCCCCCUCAAGGGCCCCCACCCCAACGCCUGUAAAAUGGGUUUAAGAACAUGAGAAGAAGGGCCUCCAAACAACAGGAAGGGCCUCUCUCCGCCGCUUCCCCUCCUUCGCCUGCCGGUCCCAGACGCGGGGGCCCCCCCCGAGGACAGUGGGAGCCCAAAACUGCUCUGAGCCCGUCUUCCCCCCCCCCCCCCCGAACUUCCCCGAACCCCACCGCCCUCGUGACUGGCAUUCGAGGCCCCGAACGAUCCAUCGUGAUCCCAACGUAUGAGGGCAAAAACUCCUGUGUCAGGAAUGGUUAAAAAAACUACAAAUUUAAAUAAAACUGUUAUAAAAAUGUUAUUCUGGGGCAAGAAUUCAAUAUUUGUAUUUUUUUUUGUUGUUGUUUUGAUUGUAAUAUCAUUGUUAUAAUUUCCAUAAUUGAUACUAUUCUACUAAUGUAGUCUUGAUUUCCUGUAAAGGGCACAUUUGAUCUCAGCAGCAGCAGAUGGACAGAAUAAGCACACACUCGGAGAAUGCACAAGGAUUUCCUGUUUACAUGAUUUUAAAAGCUCGUUUCGUCCGUCUCGCGUUGUUUCUCCGCCGCGGCCCUUCUUCGCUUCGCUCUCCCGGGGGGGGGGGGGAAACCCUCUCGCUCGCCUUGUAGCUCCAGUGUUUCCCACCUCGGUGUCCGUGGCCCCGUUUGCACAGACGCUCAGGGUGUGUCAGCGAUCGAGGUGAUUGGCCCCGCUCACCCAUCUCGUCCGAUGGUCUCGGCUCGAACUGCCCACCCCCCCCCCCGUUAACACGCAUUCACCUUUGGCACAAAAAGUGUGUCUGCUGAUGAUCCCACGUCUACGUGUCUUGUCUUAAUAAGCGGCCCCCGUCUCUCGGUCUCCUCGCUGUCCACUCGGCAGGAGGCGGGGAGCACGAGAGCAUCUCUCACGGAUCUGGACUUGUCUGUAAAUACAACAUAUUUAGCUCGUAUUGUGGUUGUUUUAUUAUUUGUUAUUUACACGUUGUCUGUGGUUGCUUCCCAUCCAUCCACCUUGUUUUUUUAAUUUACACCUCACCGCGGAGUCCAAGUGGCCCUGUCCUCCUCCCGGGGGUUCAUUCUGAUCUCUUGCCAAUGUCUCCUGUUUAUUGGGGAACGGGAGAGAGUUCUGGCACCUGAGACCCACUCCGUGAAGCCGGGGGGGUUGAACUCGGGAGAGAUCCUGUGCGACCCAAUUAUCCUCGACGGGAAAAAUGGAUCCAGAGCAUCGGGAGGACCGAGCAGCCACAUCAGUCCCAAAGACCAGGAGCAACAGCGGUGGAGUGUUCUCACCGGAUCGUUUUUUUAAAACAUUUUUAUUUGAAGUGUAUUUGACUGAGAAAAUGAAAGCCCGUAGAAUCUGCACGCAGGAGAAAAGCGAAGCAUUUUGGUUUGGUUCCGUGCCCUCGGCCCGAUCGACCCUUCUGUCCCGGUUCUUCAGAAGUGACGCGGCGGCCCUCACUCACGUCACGGCCGCCGCGUUCCAACCGCCAUCGCAGCCCCUGUGGGAUGGAAACACUCCCCAUGUGUAGUGACACACACCUGCCCUCUUUCCUCCCACCCCUCACCCGCCCUUCCACCCCCCCCCUCCCCCCCCCCAAAAAAACGUCUCCCUACCCCUCUCUUUAAUUUUUUCUUUUAUUUUGUUUUUGUAAAUACUGUAUAAUGCAUUUUGAUAUCAUUGACAUGUUUUGAUAUGUCAGUCACUACCAAUGAAUACAGCUGAAAGUAAAUUAUAAAUAAAACUGUCCAAGCUUGUGGGGCUAUAUUCCCAUUACAAAUGUAUAGAGUGCAGUAACACGAUGAGUGCAGACCGUAUGCUAGAGACGUGCAUGGUGGGGAGGACAGGACAGAGAGAGGACAGGACAAAGAGAAGCAGACAAGCCGUGGCGUCCUCACUCUGCCCUCGUCUCCUUAUGUUUCAGUUCAAAUGUUACUAUUGGCUUUAAAUAAUCAUUUUUCCAAAGGGCAUCUUCUCACAAAAACAAACAAACAAAAAAACA